CUUGAUCAGUCCCCCUAACAAAACAAAACAAAAAACAAAACUGAAGAAGAUGGUCUCCGCCACCAGCAGGGCAGCCGUCACCGGCACCAGGCUGUCGUCGGUGGUGCCGGCAUCGGUCACCGGAGAGAACAAGGACCGCCACCUCACCGGCCUCGAUCUCGCCAUGAAGCUCCACUACAUCAGGGCGGUCUACUUUUUCGACAGCAAGGCGGUGGAGGGGCUCACCAUUUACGACCUCAAGAAGCCCAUGUUCCCUUUGCUCCGCCUCUACUACCCUGUCUCCGGCAGAAUCCGCCGGCGGGACGACAAGGACGCUCGGCUGCAGGGGAGGCCUUUCAUCAAGUGCAACGACGGCGGGGUGAGGAUCGUCGAGGCCCACUGCCCCGAUUGGACGGUCGAGGAAUGGCUGCGGCUGCCGGCGACGGCGGCGGACGACGGUGGUGGUGGUAGGGAUGAUGAUCUGUUGGCGUUUGAUCAAGUUCUGGGCCCUGAUUUGGGGUUUUCUCCCCUCGUUUAUGUUCAGUUUACUUGGUUCAAUUGUGGCGGCCUCUCAGUGGGCCUCAGCUGGGCUCACGUGCUUGGCGAUCCAUUCUCGGCCUCCGCCUUCCUCAACACUUGGGCUCAACUACUGCAUGGUCACGCGACUCCUGAUUCCCUCCACCAACCGGGCCUCCUGGAUCCAUCCCCACCACGCUUCCGGCCCAACAACAAGAAGAAACCCUCCUCUCUGAAACGGGUCGACCCGGUCGGCGACUCCUGGCGAGCAACCUCCUUCGCCAAGACCAGGACUCACACCUUCCGCCUCACAGCUCAGCAACUAAACGACGUCAUAUCUAGAGCUACCGCCGGCGCAUCCCCAGCCGCCGCCGCCAAGGUCUCCCGUUUCGAUGUCCUGUCGGCGAUCUUAUGGAAAUCGAUGGCCAAGCUCGGCGAGGAUUCGGCCGCUGCCGGGCCGAGGACGGUGACGGUCUGCUGGAACAAAUCCCCGGCAGCGGGCAGGGAGCGGGAGGCGCCGAGCAACGAAAUGGCGGUGGGAACGGUCGGCGCCGAUUUCGAGGCGGCGAAGUCCAAGGUGUUCGAACUGGCGGAGUUGAUUGCGGAGAAGAAGGAAGACGAGAGCGAGUUGAUCGAGGAAGCGAUGGCGGCGGAGGGCGGCGGCGGCUUCGAUUGUGUGGUGUACGGUGCGAAUUUGACGUUUGUGAACCUCGGGAAAGCCAAGAUCUACGAGCUGGAGAUGAAGGGGCGGAAGCCAAUUUUCGCGAAUUGCACGAUUCGGGGAGUCGGCGAGGUAGGGACGGUGCUGGUGCUUCCGGGGCCGGCGGAGGAAGGAGAGGAAUCCGGGAAGGUAGUGAACGUCAUACUGCCGGCGAAGCAAUUGGCGGGGUUGAGGGAGGAGCUGAGGAAGAGCUGGGGAAUUGUGUGAAAGUCAAAAGUACUGAUUGAGUAGUGAUACCAACUACCAAGAAAGAAGUUGACCUUCCUACCAAAAAGAAAAAGGAAGUUGACCGGACAAGUUUUUAUUGUUUUCUACUAUUGAAAUUUUUAGUUUUAGUUUCAAGUAAACGUUUAUGUGGAAAAUGGGUGGGAUUAAGGCCCAAUUUGUAUUUUUAUAAGGUGCUUAAGGUCAAUUUUGUUAGAAGCAAAUCUAACGAGGCUGCCUUUUCAUUUUC